GAGGCAGCGCCAUGGGGUCCGCGCUGCGCAGCGAGGCGGCGGCCGUUGCCCCCCAGCCCCCGCGGUGCCCGGGCGGAGCUGCCGAGUCGCCGCCGUCGCCGUCCUUCGACUGCUCCAUCUGCCUGGAGGUGCUGCACCAGCCCGUGCGGACCCAGUGCGGACACGUGUUCUGUCACUCCUGUAUUGCAGCAAGCUUAAGGAAUAAUGCAUGGACAUGUCCUUAUUGCCGGACUUAUCUUCCUUCCAAAGGCAUUCCAGCUACUGAUAUUGCCAAGAAGAUGAAAAGCGUAUUUCAAAAUUGCACAGAGUGUGAAACACAGGUAUGUCUGAGUGAAAUGAGAGCUCAUUUGAGGACUUGUGAACAAUAUAUAGAAAAAUAUGGACCUUUGCAAGAGCUUGGAGACACAGGAACAAGGUAUGCUUGUCCAUUUUGCCAGUGUGAACUGGAUGAAGAUGAUUUAAUGGACCAUUGUCUGACUUACCACAGAUCAGAAAGAAGAGCAGUGUACUGUCCAAUUUGUCGUUUAAUACCUGGUAGAGAUCCAGGCUAUUUCAGCAGGAAUUUUAUAAGGCAUCUUCAACUCAGACACACAUUCUAUUAUGAAGACUACAUAGACAUAAACAUAGUAGAAGAAGUUCUUACUGAAAGAGUUUUAGACCGGUCACUUGUAGAAUAUGUACACGCAAAUCACCCAAACAGCACAUAAUUCUACUGAAAAUGAGUUGAUUACUCUGUAAAUUCAAAUUUAUGUUUUACAAUUUAAAGAAGCAUUUUCAACCUGAUUAGGCUUAAUUUUGACUUCCUUAAAUAUAACAUUGUUUUGUUUUUUACAUUAAAUUCUAAUUCCAUUGUCCAGAAACAUAAAAGAAAAGAAAACGGUGCUGGUUUUGAACAGCUAAAAUGCAAUGAUCAUUGGUUGCCUGAGUUCUUCCCAUUAACAAAUGUUUUAUCUUUAAACAAAGAAGGAGCAAUGACUGAAGCUCACAGCACCUUGUGACUGCAUGUUCCAAGAGUAGGCCAGAGUCUCCCGGUUAUUGCUGAUGAUGUUGCAACUCUGGGGACAGACAGCAAACAAGCAGGAGCCAUUUUGGGAUUCCACAGCACUCAACUGAUUGCAAACAAACACAGGGCUGAAUCUUGCAAACAGGUCAAACAAAGUGCAGUGGAUAUCCUCAUGAAUAAACCCACUGACUUGAAUCAAAAUGCCCACAAAAUUAUGCAUUACACUGGUAGCAUUUUAAAGAUCAAGAUGAUAUUUAGCUAAAUCAGUAAGUAAAAAGACAUCUUGGAGAGAGGUAAAAAAGAAUAAUAAAAAAUUACAACAACAACAACAGCUUUUAAAGAGGUUAACAGUGUUUCUUAACUGUAUUCUUUUUAUCAUGUACUGUAAUGCAUCUUAUCUAAUUUUUAUAGGAAGACUAAUAUUUUAUAUGUAAUAUUUAAUAGGCAUUUUCAAUUCUGUACUUGUUGACUGUACAUACAUUAAAAAAAUUAAAGGGUGCAUUUGUAAAUAGAAACAUAUGUGAUGAUUAAAACAGCUUAUAGU